GGGCUGCCUGGCCACGUCCCCGGGCCACGUCGCUCGGUGCCCGCUGAGCUUGCGCCAUCUUCGCUCCCCGGCUCCGGCUGCGCCGCCGCCUCUGUCGCCGCCAUGAACAUUUUCCGCCUCACCGGGGACCUGUCCCACCUGGCGGCCAUCAUCAUCCUGCUGCUCAAGAUCUGGAAGAGCCGCUCCUGCGCGGGUAUUUCUGGGAAAAGCCAGCUUCUGUUUGCACUGGUCUUCACUACUCGUUACCUGGACCUCUUCACUUCAUUCAUUUCAUUGUAUAACACAUCUAUGAAGCUUAUCUACAUCGCUUGCUCGUACGCCACCGUGUACCUGAUCUACAUGAAGUUCAAGGCCACCUACGAUGGAAACCAUGACACCUUCCGAGUGGAGUUUCUGAUAGUUCCUGUUGGUGGGCUCUCUUUUCUUGUCAAUCAUGACUUCUCUCCUCUGGAGAUACUGUGGACCUUCUCCAUCUAUCUGGAAUCGGUUGCUAUUCUCCCUCAACUUUUUAUGAUCAGCAAAACUGGGGAAGCAGAGACCAUCACUACUCACUAUCUUUUCUUCUUGGGUCUGUACCGUGCCUUGUACUUAGUCAACUGGAUUUGGCGCUACUACUUUGAGGGAUUUUUUGACCUCAUAGCUGUUGUUGCUGGUGUGGUCCAGACCGUUCUGUACUGUGACUUCUUCUAUUUGUAUGUUACAAAAGUUCUCAAGGGAAAGAAGCUCAGUUUGCCAGCAUAAGUGCCAAAACAUCACCAGCAUCUGUCCUCUUGGAUGCUUGGACAGAACAAUCCUUAUCACAAGCAAAGGCGAAGAUGCUUGAGACAGAAAGUCAGAAACACAGCUCUUUAUAGUGCAGGUAGUCAUCAGCGGCUCUGUAAGAACGGAGG